CCGCGGGGGGACCCCGUGUCCGGAGCCGGGAGCCCCUCAGCGGGGGGACCCCGCAGCCCCCCGGGGCCGCCGGGAGGCGCCUGCGCGCUGCGGCCGCUCGGUGCCGGCCCCGCGCCUGGCGCCGCCCGCAGCCCGCCGGCGGCCGCUGCCUAUUUUAGUCACAGCGCCGGGACGGGGCCGCCGCGGGGCCGGGGGACGGGACGGGACCGGCCGGGACGGCGCCCGCCGCCGGGGGCUGCGGGGAGCGACCCCCCUGUGUCCGUCCCGUCUGUCCCGUCCCGAAGCGUCCCGAACCGGCCGGGAGACUUUGCCGAGGGCGCCCGGCAGGGGGCCCGGGGACAGAGGUCUUCAAGAUGAACACUACAGCAAUUAGCCCGCUCACUGUUACUCCACUAGGUUUUAUUCCAGACCUAAAAAACGCCACCCUUGUGCCUUUCAAUGAGACUGCAUGUGAAAACUGGAAAGAGAUUCAUCAUCUUGUUUUCCAUGUGGCAAAUAUUUGUUUUGCGGUUGGACUAGUUAUUCCAACUACUCUGAAUCUUCAUAUGAUUUUUCUGCGUGGCCUCCUCACCAUAGGAUGUGCAUUGUUCAUCACUUGGGCUACACUCUACCGUUGUGCCUUGGACAUAAUGAUCUGGAAUUCUGUGUUUUUGGUUGUCAACCUUUUACAUUUCAUAUACCUAGUGUAUAAGAGAAGACCGAUCAAGAUAGAGAAGGAGCUCAGCAGCCUCUACAAGAGAAUGUUUGAACCACUCCAUGUGCCUCCAGAGCUGUUCCAGAGAUUAACUGGGCAAUUUUGCAACAUUCAGACUUUGAAGACUGGCCAAGCUUAUGCUGCAGAGGAUAAAACAUCAGUUGAUGAUAGGCUGAGCAUCCUGCUGAAGGGGAAAAUGAAGGUCUCUUAUCGAGGGCAUUUUCUGCAUAAUAUUUACCCCUGUGCCUUUAUAGAUUCACCUGAAUUUCGAUCAACUCAGAUGAACCGGGGUGAGAAAUUCCAGGUCACCAUUAUCGCAGAUGAUAAUUGCAAGUUCCUGUGCUGGUCCAGAGAAAGGCUGACUUAUUUUCUGGAAUCUGAACCAUUUCUUUAUGAGAUCUUUAAGUAUCUUAUUGGCAAAGAUAUUACAAAUAAACUGUAUUCAUUGAAUGACCCAACCUUAAAUGACAAGGCCUCCAAAAAGAUUGAUCGUCAGCCUAGUCUUUGCUCACAGCUAUCUGUGAUGCAAAUGAGAAACAGUAUGGCCAGUACCAGCGACAGUGAGGAUGGCUUGCAGAUGUUUCUUCGUGGGACUUCCUCUGCAUCCUCUCUACGAAAUAACCAACAAGAGCUCUGUAAUGCUUACGGAGUGGGUCGUUUGCAGCAUGAUGCUUUGUGUUGAUAACAUCACAUUAACUCAGCAAGCAUCCUCAAAAAGGCCCAGGCCGGACAUCUCCCUACCUGAGAACUUCGGCAAAGAUGAAGCCAAUAGAAGAAAGCGUUGAAGAUGAUGUCUUUGAAGCACCAUCGGCUGAUAAGCUUGAAGUCCAGCGGCUGCCUUAAACAGAUCUGUCUUCAGACGUGCAAGAGCUUGUACAAAGCUCCAGAGCAAGAGGAAGAAGCUUAAAUGGGAAGGAGUCUGGAAGCUAAGAACAUCUUCCCACAAUUAAAUUUACCACAGCAUGUCAGUGGCUUCUGGACAGAAGUGCCACACUUCUAUUUUACUUCUAAAUAAAACUAAAAACAAACUCAUAUGGGUUUUAUUUUUGUUUUCUGGACAUGAGUAUUUGCUUUGUUUUUACUUUGGCUCUUGCUGUUACUAAUUUAGUAUACAGUGGCUGACUAGCCUGAAAUUUGUAGACUAACUUGAUGCAGAAUAUCUGAAGAUUUAUUUCCAUAAGAUUCUUAGAAGCUUGCAUUUUAGUGCUUUUCAGUGGGAGAUUUUAAAGUUAUGUUUCCAAAGCUAUGUUGUUUUUACCUAAUGUCAUUGUUGUGAGUCUCCUGUGAAACAAUACACAUACUAUUCUGCUUAUAUUGGUAGGUGUUUGCCUCCAAUUCUGGCAUUUGCUAACCUGACUGCUUGACUCCACAGUUGUAAUAAUGGCUUGUUUUCUUUGUUUGUUUGUUUGUUUUGUUUUGUUUUGGCCAAUACUUAAAUUUAAUGUUAAGUGUAAUGUUUCCAACCUUAACUUUUUCUUGUUUAGGUAAAUGUAUUAAUACUGAAGUCUCAGUUGGGCAACCACUUUUUUUUUUUUUUUCCACAGGACAAAGUCUAACAAAGUCUAGUGAAGUCACAUCUAAGCUAUGCAGCCCAUCUGUGCUGAACACGCAUCUCUCUUUACAAAGCUGUGUCACUUCUAGUGCCUCUCCAGGAAGGGACUUCUUGAUUUGCUUUUUUAAGAUGAGCAGAUAUAUACGCUUUUCCUUCGUCUUAUCUGCAGGAUGAUUGAUUUGUUCUGGAUUAAUCUUUGCACACAACAGUACAUGAAGUUUAGAUGAUAGUUGGUGCAGGAAAUUCAGUUCCAAAUGUCCAAAUGAGCCUGCAGCAAGUAAAGGGAAACGCUGUGUUAGAGUGGGAGGCGCUGGGAAGUCUUUGUCAUAGGCACUUGUAGCAGCCCUGCCUGUAACACGUGGGGAUGCAUAAAUGGUAGCUGUCAUUCUGUGCUUUGCAAUUUGUUGUUUAACAAGUAGUAUAUUUUAACUAAUCAGAAUAUAGAUAGUAUUUCAUUUAGCAUAUCGCACAAAAACCCACUAGAUACAAUAAUAGAAGUUCGGCAUAAGUCUGCAAGCAGUCUGAGGUGCUGAGUCUGUUUCUGCUCUGUUUUCUGUCACUCCAUUUUAAUUCUAAAAUUUAUCCUGGCAAAGCAUCCUUGAAUCAUCCUGCGUCUGAGUUAUGUAAGCCAUUUGUUCCAAAAACUCAUGCAGCAUCAAAAUGCACACUUAGAUGACUGGAAGUUUGACCUGCAUCGUCAAUGUUCUUGUUUCUGUGAGUUUAAAUCCAAUGUUUAACAUUACAUCAAUGUGUAUGGUCGCUUGCUCAGUUUUAUGUUAUUAAAAAUGUCCCACUGAGGCGAGACAUGGUUGCUACUUGGUGUAAAUAGAUGUAAAAUAUCCUUACACUAUUGUAAGUCAUGCGUACCAUGUCUUUAGUGGCUGACUGUUAAAUACUAGCAAUGAAACAAAUUAUACUAUGACCAAAAACACAAUAGACAAGAAAACUGAAUAUAGUAGAAAGAAAUAUGAAGUAUUCUCUACACAAUAAAGUGCAUAGUAAAGGAGGAAUACUUAUCCUCAUAACUCCAGCAGAAGCUGGAGGUCUGUUUCAGUUUUGUGACGUCCCAUUUCUUUUAAUAUAAGCAAUAACAAUUAUAUAACAAUUCUGUGGGAUUAAUUAUGGAGUGAGUGGGUUAGUUAGGGUGGGACCCCUGCACAUCACCUGAUCCAGCCUCCUGCCCAAAGCAGGCUCAACUUCAGCGUGGGUGGAAAUGGUGGAAUGAGGGAGACAAAACUAUUGACAGGUGCUGUUACAGGAACCUGGCUGCUCAUGAGUAUCGCAUGCCUAAAAUGUUUACGUUCCUUUGGAUUACAACACAGCCAGACUUCGUAAAUAAAACAAUUCUGCAUAUAUUUGCAGAUUUUACUUGCAAGUAGUCGAUUAAAAAGCUGCGUCAGUAACAAAAUGGUGUCAGUAACAAAAUGAUGAGAGCUUCACAGGUUGGUAGGGGUAUGCUUCUUCACUCCAUGCACAAGCUUCAAGCUCUGCAUAAGAAGGGCUGUUUUACUCCCAUUCCAGAUAAAAAUGAUCCCAAUGGAUAGCACACACCAGUUGGAAGAAGGAUGCUGCUGCAUGAUUUUUAAUGGCUAGGAAUUAAAAAUAAAAAUAAAAAUAAAAAUCACAUAACAAGGUCAUUUGAUCAUGGUGAAAAUAUGCAAAGAACAAGCAAACAAAAACCAACCCCAUCUUUCUGGAUUAAAACCAGUAGAUCUACACACAAGAAGCAAGUGCACCAUCAGCUGAAGGUCAGAAAGAGCGUGGCUCUACCUCCAAGCUAUCUCUUAGAUAUACGGAGGGCAAGAGAGAAAACAAACUAUUUUACUUACCAGGGAGGAGAUGCAGGGAGCCGUGUCCUUGUCCCGGUGUAAUUUUCUCUAAAUUCUGCCAGUUUUCAAACUCCUUUAAGGAAGAACAUUAAGCUACUGGAAUAGACCUCAUAUAGUUUAAUAAGCGAAUAACCAGAAAACCCAGAGUGGCUGAUGUAAAAAAAAUAAUCACUUCUUCCCUCUGCAGCACACUCAUUUCUUAUGUAUUGUUACAAAUUCAAUGCCGGGAGAGAUUGCAUCUCCAGAGCAGAAUUUGUUUUAAGGCUCAGAGAGGCCCUGCAGGAGCAGGGCUCUGCACGCAGGCUGUGUCCCAGCCUCAGCACCAAGAGCUGGGGGUAGGAACCAGGCCAUCUCUGUGCCUCCAAAGCAUCACACAUGCUAAUGACACUACAGCAAUAACGCUGCGAAUAGUGACAAAUAACGGAGUUGGACUACAGGAAGCAAUAGGUUUUAUACAUAAAAAUAUAUGGCUGGGUAUUUUAAAAUUCCUGGUGAAGAGGUAAAAUGAAGAGCAAAUGCUUACUUGAUGUACACAACUUGCAAAGUCUAUUUACCCUUCUUCCUGUAGUUUCAAAUGGAGUUGUUUCCGAGGCAACAGAGAGGUUAAAGUAGGCUGUAGCCUGUUUUUCUGUAUUUAAUGAGGCACCCCUUUCCAUUGCUGCUGCAGAAGGUAAGUAAACGCAUCCUGUAAUAAUUCAGAUUUAAAGGAGUGUUUGUGUGCACGGGCAGAGGACAGGCUGUAAACCCAUUGCUGGCUCAUUUCAAGGUGUGACUGGUAAAUCAAACAUAAAACAAUGUGUACUUUUAAAUCAUAACAUCAUGUUGGGUCGGUCGGAACUUUCACUGUGCAGCAGAUGUGAAUUAUAUGGGCGAACAGUUCAUUUUACUAACCAGAAUGCCGGUGGGGAAAGGAAAACAAAACAAAACAAAA